AUGCCUCCAAAGAACCGUGUCAUUAUCGAUACUGAUCCAGGCGUCGAUGAUGUCUUGGCUCUAAUUCUAGCUCUGUCCUCGCUACCAGAAGAGCUGGAAGUUCUACUAAUCUCGGUGACUUAUGGUUUAAAAUUCAGUUGCCUCAAGAAUGUCGCCGCCUUGUUUCACAUCAUUGAUUUGGAAAUCAAAUGGCGCGAGGCCCAAAGCAAGCCCAUAGGCUUCUCGUCCCUGUUGGGUUGUAAACCAGUUGUCGCGAUAGGCGCCGAUCAUCCGUUAGAAGAGGAAGUGCUUGCUGCCGAUCAUUUCCAUGGUGCAGAUGGCCUUCACGGCGUCCACGACUCACUACCCCAUCUAGCCCCGGCCCAGAUGUGGGACAAGGUGUUCCAGGAGGGUGCCGAUGACACGCCUUCUUUGUUUUCUGCAUCCAAGGUCCCCGCUCACAAGGAGAUUCUACGAAUUUUGCGAGAGAAUCCCCCAGACACUAUCACCAUUGCAGUACUUGGGCCAAUGACCAACAUUGCGCUAGCGGCAAGCGAGGAUCCAGAGACCUUUAUCAAGGUCAAGGAGCUUGUCGUCAUGGGCGGUGCCAUUGAUGUGCCCGGGAACAUCACCCCCGUUGCCGAGUUCAACACCUAUGCCGAUCCUGUCGCGGCGGCACGGGUUUAUGCCUUGACUUCACCAAGUCCCCAGUCCACCCUGCCUCCCUCGUCUUUGCCCGCAUAUCCGCCCAAGCUUCCACGCAGAGUCGAGCUCAAGCUGUUCCCCUUGGAUCUGACGUCACCUCAUCGUCUCUCGAAAUCUCAGUUUGACGAGAGAUCGCAGCCCCUGGCUGAGGGCGGCAGUCCACUCGCACAGUGGAUGGCGCACUUCAUGUCGCGGACGUUUGAAAAGAUCAAUUCUUUCAAGCCUCUCGGGUCUACUAGCGAGCCAAGCUUGCAGCUUCACGAUCCCAUGGUGUUGUGGUAUAUCCUUACGUCCGAGGACAAAAGCUGGAAGCGCAGCGCUCGGGGUGAGGAUAUUAGAGUCGAGGCUGUAGGGCAAUGGAGUCGCGGAGAGUUAAUCACAGACAAGAGGGGCAUGGCGAAACCGCUUGACCAUGACGAUGACGAAUUGACUCUUGAUGAGGUCCCUGGAGACACAGAUGGCUGGUUCACUCCUGGUAAAGGCAAUAGGGUCACGCGCAUGCUUCAAUCUCCCGGAGAGACACGGUUCGCUCACGUUCUACUAGACGCCGUUUUCCCA